GAUCUCAUAAGAUCCACUCAAAGAUAUCAGAUAAUCAGAUCAAGCUGUAAAGCAAAUUAACAGAAAAAAAUGGCUGAUUCAAGUUCCUGGUCCACUGCUCUCAUCAAGAUUUCGCCUUAUACUUUCUCCGCCAUCGGCAUCGCCAUUGCCAUCGGCGUAUCUGUCCUCGGCGCCGCCUGGGGAAUUUACAUAACUGGAAGUAGCUUGAUCGGUGCCGCUAUUAAAGCUCCUCGUAUCACUUCCAAGAAUCUCAUUAGCGUAAUCUUCUGUGAAGCUGUUGCUAUCUAUGGUGUUAUUGUGGCAAUUAUUUUACAAACGAAGUUAGAGAGUGUUCCAUCAUCACAAAUAUAUGCACCAGAAGCUCUUAGAGCUGGAUAUGCAAUCUUUGCUUCUGGAAUUAUUGUUGGCUUUGCGAACCUUGUUUGCGGAUUGUGUGUUGGAAUAAUUGGAAGCAGCUGUGCAUUGUCUGAUGCUCAAAACUCCUCACUUUUUGUGAAGAUUCUUGUGAUUGAGAUUUUUGGCAGUGCACUUGGACUGUUCGGAGUGAUUGUGGGUAUAAUCAUGUCGGCUCAAGCAACAUGGCCUGCAAAAUCAGUGUAAUUUCAUGAUCUUAGAAGAAAAUAGCGAUUCGAUUAUGUGAGAAUGCAACCUGUUUCAUAUGUCAGUUAUCCAAAAUGAGCUUCACCUUUUUUUUUUUUUUUGUUAUCAGUAGUAAUGUAUGUAGAAACUUGCCCGGAAGUGUCUCCCCCUAUUUUUUGUUUGAACACAUUUGUCGAAUGAGAAAUAAAAUUUUCUGUGAAAGCCAUGGUUUAUUAUGGU